ACGGAGAAGUGACGUGAAGUGACGGAGAAUUUAAGGCCAGCGCCAGGUGGAGGAAAUAAAAAAGAUUUUAAUUUAAAUUCAAACUAGGCUGCUACACAUAAAAUUAGUUUUCUUCCGAUUAUAAAAUUUAUUAAAGAUUAUAAUGAAAACACAUCGAAUUUUAGAACUUUACAGUGGUAUAGGAGGAAUGCAUUGUGCUUGGAAUGAAUCCAGUUUACCAGGUGAAAUAGUAACAGCAGUGGAUAUCAACACAGUGGCUAAUGAAGUCUAUAAAUAUAAUUUUCCUGAUACACAUCUGAUAAAUAGGAAUAUUCAGUCACUGACUGGAACUGAGAUCAAGAGUUACAAUGUCAAUACUAUUUUAAUGUCUCCACCAUGUCAGCCUUUCACAAGAAAUGGAAAAUACUUAGAUGAUAAUGAUCCAAGAACCAAUUCGUUUUUAUACAUUAUUGACAUUCUACAUGAACUAGACAAUAUUGAAUAUAUUUUGAUGGAGAAUGUAAAGGGUUUUGAGUGCUCCACUGUGAGAAAUCUAUUUAUUGAAAAACUGGAAGAAACAAAUUUUAUAUAUCAAGAAUUUCUCUUAUGUCCAUCUACCAUUGGUAUACCUAAUUCACGACUGAGAUAUUAUUGUAUUGCAAGAAGGACAAAAGCACCUUGGAAUUUCAAUAGGAAAAGUGAAAUUAUACACAUACUCCCAAAGGAUUUUGAGAAACCAUACAAAUUAGAAGAUAUAUUGGAAACUAAUGUACCUGAAAAGUUCUUAGUAAAUGAUAAAUUAUUAAGAAGGGGAAAUGUAUUUGAUAUUUGUCACAAAGGAUCUAGCAGAUCCUGCUGUUUCACAAAAGCAUACUCCCAUUAUGUUGAAGGCACUGGUUCAAUUUAUACUGAUGAAAGUCAACAAAAAGUGGACAGUUGUUUCAAAGCUGCAAACAGGCAUGAAUCUGGAAGUGAGGCAUUUGUGCAAUGUUUGAAAGAAUUAAAAUUACGCUUUUUUACUCCUAAAGAAGUUUUAUCUUUGAUGGCCUUUCCGAAAUAUUAUUUGUUCCCUGAUAAUAUCACUACAAAACAAUGUUACAGGUUAUUAGGGAACAGUGUCAAUGUUAAGGUUAUAACAGAGUUAUUAAAAAUACUAUAUGAUUAAUAAAUAUGUUUUAU